AGAAGAAGAAGCAGAAGAAGAAAAAGAAGUAGAAGAAGAAGAAACACCGGAUUAUUGUGUCUUCUGCUUUAGUUUGUUUCUUAAAUAAAAUAGGAUGUCGACACCGGCAAGGAGACGGCUUAUGAGAGAUUUUAAAAGGCUUCAGGAGGACCCUCCCACCGGUGUGAGUGGAGCGCCGUCGGAGAACAACAUCAUGCUUUGGAACGCAGUUAUUUUCGGGUGAGUCGGCUCUCCCCUCUCUACAGGAACCUUUAAGCUGCUCAUAGAGUUUUCUGAGGAGUAUCCAAACAAGCCGCCCACAGUUCGGUUCGUCUCCAGAAUGUUUCACCCGAAUGUCUACGCAGACGGCAGCAUUUGUCUCGACAUCCUUCAGAACCGCUGGAGCCCGACGUACGACGUGUCGUCCAUCCUCACCUCCAUCCAGUCGUUGCUGGACGAGCCGAACCCCAACAGCCCGGCCAACAGCCAGGCGGCGCAGCUCUACCAGGAGAACAAGCGGGAGUACGAGAAGAGGGUGACGGCCAUCGUGGAGCAGAGCUGGGUGGACGUGUGAGCCCCUCCUCCUCUUCCUCCUCUGCCUCCUCCUCCACUCUUUCAUUUUUACCUCAUCGAGAAAGAAGGAAAAUAAAUAAAACAGCAGCAACUAUAUCAGAAGAACUCGAGUGAAACAGAACGAGGGAUCAUAAUAAUACGCCGCCAGACGGACGGCGCCGCUUCACCGAGGAACUCGAGGAACGUCGACCCGUUUGUCCUGUUGUUUUUAUUGCAUGAUGUGAAAUAAGUUAUUGCUAACAGAAUUUGUAAUAUAUCUUUGGUUUGGUUGGGUUUGACGCAGUUAGUGUUUGGAGUUUCACACUUUUUAUUUUAUCUUUUUCCGGCAUUUUAAAGAACAAUCCCCCUUUUCGGAGUUUGACGACGACCAAUCGGAUCGCCUGCAGCGCAGCGGGUUCCGUCGUUGACGGCUGCGUGUCGCUUUUAGGCCUUUUUCUGAUUGGUUCGUCAGAUAAAGAUAAAUGCAUCUCGACAGUCGAAUGCAAACAUUUACUUUAACGAGCUUCUCGUCCAAUCAGAAGACUGCAGUCUGAGUCACGCUCUCCCAGCAAGCCUCAAUCAAGUCGUCCCGCUUUACUUUUCAUUUUAAAAACACCCACGUGAGCUUAAUAAACCGCUCCAGAUCAAUAAUGCGGGGGGGGGGGUCAUCAAAAAAAUAAAGAGUUGUGCUUUUCUGACCGAGUGAGGUCGCGUCGUGGCUCGCAAUCGUUUCACCGGAAAACCUCAAAACGGACGGGACGCGGUAAAGAUUGUGAAUUAACAAAACAAAAUGUAUACUUAUAACAAUAUGCUGUAUAAAGAUAAUAAAAUACAUUUUUCAGAGUUUGA